CCCUUCCACCUCUCAGCUGCGCGAACUUCUCCAGCCUCUCCCGAGUGGCUGCUCGCAGCAAAACUUCCGCCUCUCCUGCAGCCUGCAUCGCGGCGGCGCCUUCUUCUCCGUCUCGCUGCUUCCGGGCUUGGGCAGCAGACCCGCCUCCUGCUCGACUGGGCUGGCCUCGCCAAAGCAGCCCGUUGCUCCGGCGACCAGGAGGCGCGCACCUCCCCGCGAAGGCUGCCCCGCCGGAUGCGCGCGGUGCCCUUGCCCCGCGCUCCCAGCUGGAGGAGGCAGGCAGGCAGGCAGGGGAGAGGACGGGAAGGAGCCAGGCGAGCAAACAACGGAGGGGGAGAGGCAGGAAGUGGGAUCGGUGGGUGCGCCUUUCAUUCUGCCUGCAAGAGGGCAGAGGCAAGCGAGAGGGAAAAGCCAGCCGAGCCAUCCCACCAGCACUUGGGAGCCCCUUCUCUCUUUGCUGACACGCACUAUGUAUCUCUUACACACCGACACCCAGGUAUUCAUGGGUUUCUUUUCUUGAGUAAUGGGCUUUUUGAAGUUGCGAACAAACUAACAAGGCGACUCUUUCUUCUUCUUCCUCCUCCUCCUCCUCCUCUCUCUCUGUGCCCCCUCCCACCUUUCCACAUCUCCCCGCUUAACUGUUUCCUGCCUCGCUUUAUAUCCUGGAAAGACACCUUUGGGAAAGACACACACACACACACACGGUUGCCUCGGAUGCUUGUCCUACUCAGACUAGACUCAUUGAAAUGAAUUAGAAAUCCAAACAUUAAUUAAUUAAAUGCUUUGAUAUGUGCUGGAAGCCAACCAGAGUCAAUCUGCGAAAACCCAGCCAGAUGGGUGGGGUAUAAAUAAUACUUAUUUAUUAUUAAGUAUUACACUUAGGCAGGAAUAACUAGCUGCACCAAUAUAAGAUGGGGGACACUUGGUUCAUCAGCAGUAUAUGUUAACAGGAUCUAGGAGUCUUAGUAGACCACAAUAUGAGUCAACAAUGUGAUGUUGCAGCAAAAGAAGCUAAUGAUAUUCUAGACUGCAUCAGCAGAAGUCUAGUCUCUAGAUUAUUAUUAUUAUUAGUGCUCUCAUCCAAUCGGUCAUUAUUUUACUACCAGCUUUGGUUGGACCUUGUGGUUCUAGUUUAAAUAAACCCCAAACAUCCCUCAAAUAAAUACCACAAUCUGUCCACCCCUGACCUACUGAACACAACUUCUCUCUCUGGGCUGUGCAGUAUAGAGGGUCGGUCGUGGAAGAAGCUGCCACCUCAUCCACCCUUGCCCACCUGCUUUUUCUCCCUCAGGAACAGGGAUUGGCAUCCACAUAGUCCUAAUAUUAAUGCAUGCAACAGGUAAGAAGAACAAAUCCACGAAAGAAUCGGGGAUAUCUUUUGCAGGCAAAGAACAUGCCCUGCCACUGAGAUAACAGCCCUCCCAGCGAUCUCAAGGGAAGAGAGGGUGGCUUGGAAUGCUGAGAGAAGGUGACAGUUGGGUGCUGAAGGGAGAAGCAGGCAGGUGAGAAGAAGAAGCCAGGCAAGAGGCUUGGUCUGAGGAAAAGGGCAGGACAGCACAUCUGGAACCCCAUACGGGCUUGGUACAGGUGUAAUACAGUGCAAUGGUUUGAUGCAAGUUGGUGUCAUAGUCUGUCAUUAUAUCCAAGCUAGGUGUGGAAAUCACAUUUAAGAUUCAUUACCGUUCUGGUCUGUAGCCGAGUGCAACCCAUAGUCUGCUAGUUCUAAUUUAACAACGAACUAUGGUUUGCAUGGAAGUUGAAGUAGCUAACUGGCCAGAUGGAGAAAAGAGAUUCUGGAAUGCUUUCAGUGGGGAGAUUCUCCCGGCACAUAUUUUGAUGUCAUUUUGGUGCCAGACAAAUACUUCUUUAUUUUACUUUAUCAGGCCUCUUAAUUUGAUUUGAUCUGUUGGCUGGUGUAUUUUAUGUUUAGGGUAUGUUUUUAGUUUGUAAUGUUGUGUUUUCAAAUUUUGUAAGCUGGUCUGGGAAUUGAGUGAAAAAAGUGUGAGGUGUGGAUUUGUGUGCUAAAUAAAUAAAACUGAGAGGGAGAAGAAUAGGGGAGCAUGUAAUCAUGAGGCUUGCUAUGCCCAAGCCUGGCUUGAUGUUGUACAUGAUCCAGAUCAAUGCUUUUCUUUAUCCAAAUUUCCAAAAGAUUGUUCCUUAUGCUAAGAACUGUACUUGUGUGCGACUGUGCACAUGAUCGUAAUAUUAAUGCAAUGUCACAUCUUCUAACCUCCCUUCCAUCUUCUAACCUCCCUCUGGCAAGAGAGACCCACAGGACACUCAGAAAGGCUCUCACUCAUCCACUAGCUUGACUAAGAAAAGAAAGGGGUGGCAUUCUCCUGGCGCUACUUCCUCAAACCCUUUGUGCUUUUGAGAUCACAGAAGGUAGAUGUGGGAUCCCCCCCCCCAUUACAGGAAUAGAAACAGGGAAGAAAAAACAUGCCUUGAAAAGCUUCCUGAAGGGGAAAAACAAUGAGCAUUUCCACGGUUCCUUAUGCUCAUUCUUGCACAUGUCUCUCCCCCAAGCCCUCUGCUUAUCAAAGGUGGGCAUGAAGUUAGUACCAAGAGGGACAGAGGCUUGGCUAGUAAACCAAGCUGAUCUUUGUAGACUCUUGCAAUUGCUUCUUGCAAUUUUCUUAUGCAGUUUUCAGCAUAUUCACCUCUUUACCCUGGGCUUUGACGCUCGAGAUAUAUGUUUUAUUAGGGUAUUAAAUUACCCUAUUCUGUAAUUUGUUUUAAUUGAUUUUAAUGUUGUAUUUUAAAAAAUUAUUGUAACAUGCCCUGGUGAAGGGUAGAAAAUAAUUCUAAUAAUGACAAUAUUACUAGUAAUAAUAUUCUAAUUUUAACAGCAACAACACCCCUCCCUCCCCAAAAGCCAGGAAUCGCAACUUACCACCAUGUGUGUGUGUGAAGUUCUGUUCAGUGACAGUGAAAUAGUGAUUCCAUAGGUGAGGGGUAGCAGCUAAGGGUGACGGGUUUUUUAUUACAGUGGUACCUAGGGUUACAUACGCUUCAGGUUACAUAUGCUUCAGGUUACAGACUCCGCUAACCCAGAAAUAGUACCUCAGGUUAAGAACUUUGCUUCAGGAUGAGAACAGAAAUAGCGUGGUGGCGGUGCAGCGGCAGCUGGAGGCCCCAUCAGCUAAAGUGGUGCUUCAGGUUAAGAACAGUUUCAGGUUAAGAACAGACCUCCAGAACGAAUUAAGUUCUUAACCUGAGGUACCACUGUAUUUUCUUGCACCUCUGAAAUGCAUAGUUUGCUUAUUUAAAGACUUAUACUCUUCUUGCUUUAAACAAUCAUUAUGCAACACAAUGGCAAACGAGAUUAUUCUUGUCGUAGCGAUGGGGUAACAAAGAGGAAACAUGAUGCUGAACACAGGAGAAAUAGCCCCCUCUGGGAGGUAUGGAACUUCUCAAAGAAUAUGGCUCAUGGUGAUGAGGGAAGCCCUGAUGGGCUGGAAAAACUAAUGGUUCAGUGGCAAGUCUGUAAAGGAAGAAGUGGUUUAAAUCUAGAAUUUAAAGGUCCGCAGGAGUCAUCUCUAUUGCUACUGAUAAAUCAUCACAUUUACUUGCACGCUCCUUUUCCAAAUAAUUUCAAAGCAGCUCACAAGAACAGUCAACAAAUCAAAGCAAACACAGCCAUAAAUAUAUAAACUACAUUCCAUAAACGCAGUAUUUCGCAUCCACAUUUGCAAGUUAACAAAAACAUCCAUAUUAAGAUUUCCCUGAACUUUGAAAUGCAUUCUAGGCCCCUUCAGCAGCAGGAGCAGCCUAUGUCUUCAGGAGCUAUGCUGUCCCAGGCUGAGAGGAAAUGGGUCAGGCAGAAAACAGGGACCAGGUCUUUUCAGGAUUCACAGUGGUGAAGAAGGCCACGCAUUGUAAACAGCAACAAUGUUGAGUUGCCUGGAAGCGACUGCUUCCUCUGUCCAUCUAGGAAUAGUGACAGGUGGCUUUAAAAGAGGACUAAACAAAUUCAUGGAGGGUAAGGCUUUCAACAGCUACUAGCCAUGAUGGCUAUGUUCUGCCUUCCCUGUUGAAAGCAGUGUGCUUCUGAACACCCCUUGCUGGAAACCACAAGAGGGGACAGGCUUCUCAUAGGUAUUUAGGUCGCCACUGAGUGUUAAGUUGUGGGUGAACAUAUCAGACAACACAGAGAUUCUUCAAACAGCUCUUGUUUAUUCACAGGCCAGAACAGAACUGAACUGAAGGGUUCAGUUAGCCUGCUUAUAUAGAGCUCCAGUACAACGUAACUGUAACAAUUUUCUAAAACUAUCCAAUCACUGAACGUCACUUUCGAUCCCUUAUUUGCAUAACUAUCUACAGUAUCCCCCUGCUGGACCAGGGUGAGAACUUCAGUACAUAACACCGAGAGAACAAGAUGCUGUACUAAAUGGACCACAGGUCUGAUCUAGCAGGUUCUUCUUAUGUUGGCUCUUGAAAAUGCUUUUUAAACCAUUUCUUCCUUUACAGAUUUGCCAUUGGUCAGUUGGUUUGACUCCUUUCUAGCAAAUCGGCUCCGUUAUAUUCUUUCUUUCUUUUUUUACAAAUGGCCAAAGGAAAAAUGAGCCACGAGCCACGUUCUAUCUAGCUUGCUUGUUCUGCUAAACUGGCAUAUAUUUUCAUGUCUCCACAAGCAUUUUCAGUACUAAGUGCUAUGCGAGCAUAUGAGUUCAUUUUAUUUGAUGCAAGUGCAAUGUCCUUGCAGGGAUGCGUUGGCAAUCUUGAUAUUCACCGAGAUCUUCUUGAUGUAUAAAUGUGAGUGGAGAUCUCUUUCUAUAUCAUUGCUCGUUUUAUAAUGUUGUGGCUCCUGUCAGAUACUUUUGCUCUAUUCUUUCUUUUUAAUUUUAAGAGUUGGAUCAAAUCUAGUCUUCGGUGGAUUAUAAAAGUACAAAGUGCAAAUGAAAGGAAAUGAAGCAGUCAUGCCCUCUGAUAUGGUCUCACCAUGCACAAAUCCUGCAAUAAAAGAAGUCUUAAAAAUAAGGCAGAAGCCUCUGUAUGAAAUCACACAAAAAGUACAUGAAACCCUGGUUUUGGUCCUAACAAAAAGACUACUUUAUCCAUCCCUUAAAAAGGGGGCAGAAAUUAAAAGUGCUGAUGGUCUCCUUACUUUAAAAAUAAAAGUAAUAUAUUUCUGAAAUUUCUUCACUAAUCCAGUAAAUAUUAAUUUGACAUCUCUUUAAACCAUGACAAAGCAGACUUAUAUGAGGUGCGUCUGUAAAAAUUAAUUUAAAAUAUAGCCUCAUUUAAUUUAUCUCUUGCUCAGUUAAGGCUGAAGAAAUCAUAAAUUAGUUUUCUGGCAGAUCUCCAGUGACCUCAGUGGAAUUUUGCCGGCACAAAUAUAGGUUGGAUUAUAGGGUAAAGGUAUCUGUUUUUCAUUCCUUAGCCAGUUCAGUAAUGGUGCUCAUUGUACAAGAUAGUGUUUUAAAAGUAUUUUUUUAUUACUAUUUUCAACAUACAUAAUAAAAGCAGCUAAAUUUCAAUCUAUAGUGUAGCUUAUUUCCCCCAGCUUUUCCCAGAUCAGGGAUUUGAUCAAUUCCAACCCCAAUAGAAAAUUCAGGCUGCUUUCUACUGAACUUGUGGCUCUGUUGCAUACUCAUUUACCUUUUAAUGCAUGUUGGGAGUAUUCUCUGAAGGAAACGGAAUAGCCAUCUUGAGCUUUAAGAAGCUACUAGUUUGCUGUGUAGAUAUUGCAGGUUUUCUAGCAUUGGCCAAAGUUAUGCUGUAGGAAAUGGCUGAUAUCCCUGAGUAGCAGCCGAGUUGGAGGAAGGACGUACUUUUACAGUCAGGUGAUGGGGAGCAGCACUGGAGACAAGGGGACAUGUCAUAUUGAUCAAGCAGGUUUCACUGAUAAGCCACAUCAUAAGCAAAUCACAUUAGUAGUGCAUGCCUGUAUGUUGACUCCAAUUCCACUUUACUCUUUCUUUCUCCAUAUAUGUUUACGUGUGUGUACAUCUCUGUACACACACACACACACACACACACACACACACUUAUCCUAUACUUGGAGAUUCAGUUAAGCAUCAUAACAAUAAAUGUUUAAAUGACACUUUCAUUGAACAAACAAAAGAUCUUGUUGAUGACUAGUCCCUAAUUGUUUUUUUCUGAAUAUAAAGGUCUUGCACUGUUUCUAGAAAACACUUUGACCUACAGUACAAUUCAUUGUGUUUGCCUGUAUGCUUUCCUGUUUAUAGGUACACUGUUUUUGUUUUCAUUACAUUAUCCAUUUUUAUUGACACAGUUCCUUAGUGUUUUCUGUUAUUGUGAUAACAUGGAAAAAACAGCCGAAUUUUGCACUUGCUUACAUGUUUUCAAAUAGUCUGUUAGAUUUCUUUCUUCCCGCCUGCCUUCCCUGUCGCUGCUAGUUCUUUAAUAGAGCAGGGGGUAUUGUCACAACCAGCUGGAUAUUUCCUUAGGGUACUUGAAGUUUUUCUUUUGAAAGUUGAAUAAAUGUAACCUCCUGUGUAAUCUCUCCCCGCCCUUAGAUAUCUCAUGGAUAAACUGUAAAAGAGAUCAACAACCAUGGAGGAGGAAUUUGCAAAAUACCUUGUCUCUGCUUCUGAAAAUCUGCUACUCCAAUAUGGGCAAACCGCCGAUCAAAAAGAUGCAAAGAAGCUGCGAAAUCUCGUUAUGGUCAGGAUACGCACUCAGUAUUUAUGCAAUCUAAAAGAGAUGCAGUAUUGUGUUUCACUUAAAAUAUGUGAUUUGUCUGGAAAUUUCAUUGUGAAUAUUGAUGCACUUGAGUCUUGCACUAGUUUAAUUAAACUGGAUCUUCAUAACAACCAGGUGAGCAAAUUUUUAAAAAUUAACAUACAAAGUAUGGUUUGGGGAAACUAGCCAGUUUUUGUAUUUGUUCCUGUAGGUUCUUUAUGCAGGCUUAAUUUAUGCUGCAGGAGCUUCCACUGUUUAGUAUUUUUUAUUCUAACAAUAGAGAGUGUUUGUUUGUCUGUGAGAGGUGGGGCUGGAGAGAGAGCUAGACCCAGCGUCCUCUGUUUCUUCUGGUCAUUAUUGCAAUAGAAAUGUGGCCUUUUCAACAUUGCCAAAAUUGUAUUUCUCACGAUACCUAGUGUAUGAAAUUAGCUGUCUGAAGAAUUAUAAGUCAUAUCCUGAAAUGUUGAUCUUAAGAGCCCAAAAUGAUGUCAGCAUUUUCACGAUGGUGGGAGUCGGGUGGGAAAACUAUUCCAGUUUCCACUUUGAGUGUUUGCUUAUUUUCCACAACAUUUCCCCCCCGAAGGCUGGAAUUUUACCUUUUACUUUUGAAGCACUCAGUUGAGAUUCUCAUGUUCACUUGCUCCAAAGGAUACUGCGUUGCUCCCUCCUAUUGAAGUGAAUGGGGGAAUCCCAGUCACACAUCAUAGCACACAUGCAUCUCGGGACUGGGAGUGUUGUCUUUGAUAUAUAAAUAAAAAUAUGCAGAUGAUCAUUGACUGGGCUUAUUCUCUUCCUUGGCUGAGGAAGCAAUUUUGGUUUGACAGGUUACUUACACUACAUUUUCCACAAUGUAUUUACCUUUUUCUCCUUUCUUUCAAAAUUGUGUUUCAAUGCUGAUUCAGAUAGAAGAGCUUCCGGGCCCAAUGUUUUGGGUAAACAUGGCAGGACUGCAACUUCUGUAUCUUCAUAAUAAUAGCAUUUCAGCACUGGAAGAUGUGCAUUCGUUAUCUUUCUGCCCUAAUCUGAUCGCUCUCACCUUGUUCAACACUCCCCUGUGCCUGAAAAUCGCAUAUAGGCAUAUUGUUGUUAACAGCAUCUUUUCACUCAAAGCACUGGACUACUAUGCUAUUUCUGAUGAGGAAAUAAUAGAAGACUGGAGGCUUCCUGAAAAAUAUAAACCCUUUACACCUAGCUUUUAUAUUGAUUUUUGCCCUACUUCUGGAAAGGUAAGUUAUCUAGUUGUUGUUUGUUUUAAGGCAUGCCUUCAUAGGAAUAGUAAGCUUCAAGUAUGUCAUCAUAAUUUGUAGCCAUUAGCUGAAAUCCAGCAAGCACAAUGGAGCAUUCCAAGUUCUUUGCCUGCCAGGAACCCUGUGUGCAAGUAUUCAUUAUUGUGGCAAAUCAUCAUGGCUUGCAGUUACAAUUAUUGUUCAUCAGAUAAUCCUAAAAAUAAUGAAUGUUUUCAUAAAUUUAAAGCAUCUGAAUUUUUAUCUGUUUUGAAUUAACAGCAACAUUUAGAGAUGGGAGAAACAAUGGUUUCACAGGUGCUAGGACUAGAAUUCAUGUCUUUGUUUAGUUACACAAUUUUGAUUCUAUCCUUGGCUCAGUGAAAUGUUCCAAAUGUAAAAACAUUGCCUUCCUUCAUUGAAGCCAGCAUUGAAAAUAUGCCUACAAAAUGUGACUAGGCUGCAUUUUUCUUUUUACUAGCCUGCUAAGAUGCUAGUAGCAUGUGCCUCGGUUCUGGCUUCAAAAGAGCCCCCUCUUUAACAUCUGGCAUGAAAAUACACGAAGUUAGCUUCGUUUCAGGCUAGCAAAAAUGAAAUGCCUUCUGCAAAACAGGCUGGCGGGGAAGGGACAGAGACAAGAGAAUUGUCUUCCCUUCCUCUGUAGCCAGAAUGGAAACAAAUCCAACUGGUGGAGGAGGAAUGAUGCUCACUCACCUGUAUGGAAUUCCUAGUCGCCUGUGGAUACCAGGCAAGUUGUUAAAUGCAAGGCUGGCUGAAACCACUUAGUUUACAAAAGAAAUAUGCUUGGACUGAUGCACUUUGAAUGGUAAGAUCUGCUUCUAGGACCCCUUUCUGGGUCCUUUGGUCCUCGUAAAUCACACCCGGUUCACAUGGCACAGUAAGAAACCUGAGUGAGAGAACCGAUAGAAAUGGAGACUAUUAAACUGGGGCCCAGAACAGCAUCCCUACAGGGGAUUGGACUAGAUCAGGCAUCCCCAGACUCGGCCCUCCAGAUGUUUUGGGACUACAACUCCCAUCAUCCCUAGCUAACAGGACCAGUGGUGAGGGAUGAUGGGAAUUGUAGUCCCAAAAACAUCUGGAGGGCCGGGUUUGGGGAUGCCUGGACUAGAUGACUCCAACUCCACAAUUCUAUGAUUCUACUGUAACAUUUAGAAGCUUUAGUCCUGACAGCACCUGUCACAUGAUUAUCCCUGCUCCCGGUCUGCUUUCCUGCUGGUGGGGGCAGCAAUGUGAUGCUUGUCCUCAGUGGCUAACUACUAAAUGUAAAGCAGUGAUGUGGAGAAUUCUCCAGAAAGGAUGAAUUCUGUUUCUGUCCGAUCCAAUCAUAGAGGGAUUUAUGAUCUUUUGGGAGCUCAAUUACCAAGCUUCAAAUAAAGACAGUUCCUUAUCAGGUAUGAAAUAUAAUAUUUACUGGUGAAAACUAAGGGGGCAAGUGUUGGCCAGUAUGCCUGAUCCAUAACAUAAAAUUAGAAAAGUGCAUGAUUUGUUUAUUUUUUGGGGGGAAAUACGUUUUAAUGUAUGUUUACAGAAAAUCCUCAUUAUUUGAUCUGCGGAAGGGACAUGGAAGAGACUUAAGGGCCUCAGACAUAAGGUUACCAGGUUAAUGAGCUAGAUGGAUGGGAUAGAAAGGACUGACAAAACCUGAGACCAGGAGGAAGAGACGCUGGAUGAAGAUUGGAAGAAAGUUUUAAAAAUUCUAUUUAGGAAUGUUUUGUAAAAUUAAUGAGUAUUAGAAAAAUGUUGGAACGAAAUUAUUUGUCUUUAGCAGAAAUGUUAAAAAGAACUAUGCAAGAAUAUGCCAUGGUUAUGAGAAAUUGGUAUAAAUAAGAGUUAAGUUUUAAGUUCUAGGGUUUUUUAUGGUAAGAUAAGGCUAAAAUAGAUUAAGGUAAUUUAAUAACAGAAUAUUAUGAAAAAUGGAAAGGAUUUGCUGAGAUAAUUAACAACUAGAAUACAAAAAAGGGAGGUGUGAGGAGGUCAAUGAAAUAAGGUUAUGACAGUUAAGGAUUUGAGAAUACUGGAUCUGCUUUUAAAUUUUUUCUUGUUUAUUUCUGCUUUUUGAUUUUGAUGUAUUAUGUGUUUUGCUUUUGUUUUUUGAUUUUGACUUUUAUCGAUUUGUAUUGUUUAAUUGUUACCUGUUUCUUUUUUUCUUUUUUUUCCUUGUUUUUUUGUAAUCUUAAAAUUCUUAAUAAAUAUCAUUAUAUAAAAAAAAAUCCUCAUUAUUUGUUGUUUGUAGGAAACUACAUUUCAGGAAGAAAUGGAAAUGGUAAAAAAGAUAAUUUCCAAAAUCAAUUACAUCCUAUCUUUUCAUUCGCCAGUCAUGAUUAUUCAGAAAUGGAUAAGAGGAUAUUUAAUUAGAAAAGUAUUGUGGUAAGUAUAUUUUUGCUUAGUUUUAAUCAGGAGCUGUUUUCAUGCAGGGCAGAGUAGCUAAUUUAAGCUGACUUUUCAGCCAUCUUACUGUACACAAAUAAAUAUGUCUGCAAUGCAACAUAGCAGACAUUACAAGCUUUCUCAAAAUGGAUGUUUGGGCGUAGUUAUAUGUUGGGACAGUUUAAUUUUAAAAAUGUUGUACGUAGGGAAAUUGUUCAGCAGAUGGCUCAUAACUAAAGGGGCAGAGUUGCUGCUUCCUUGAUCUGUCAAGUGGUUUUUCAGUCAUGCAUUAUUUCAGUAAUUUGGGGAGCAAGAGUGUGCAAUCCACUUCUUAUUAAAAGACCCAUGGCAAAGCAUACACUAAUUUUAAUAGUUUUUGGACUUUUUCAUCCAGUAUAUCUGGAGGUUAUGCCAUAAAAAAAAUCCACUGCCACUCUGAUUCUAAACAUUUGCAGCAGUCUUCUUGCUACAACACGGAAGUAAUGUCUUCUUGCUGGUGCACCAAUAUAGUUUGUGACAUUGAGCUGGGAAAGCGUUUGGUGUAUAUGACAGCAUUCUAACCCCUUUUUGUACUAAGAUAUUUGGCUUCUGGUCUGAACACUGGACCUUUCAUUGUAUAAACUGAUCUUUGUUUUGCAGACGGGAAAGACAUAUUGUACAGAGUUCUUGGCUGUAAGUGUAUGUAGGGAUAAAAAAUGUGUUUAUAUUUAUACAGAGCUUCCUAUGUGAUGCUGAGCCUGCCUUGAGCAUAGCAGGUACUCUGUUUUCUACAUAGGCCUAAGUUCCAAUUAUAUCUUGUAAGUUCUUAUAAAUUCUGGCUCCUAGUUGUGAUAGGAAUACCGACUCUGGAGCUGGAAUCUAUGGAAACUCACAACAUAAUUUUUAGUAAUUUUUCAAGUCAUUUAAAUAAUAAUAAUAAUAAUAAUAAUUAAAAAAAAAAAAAACCUUUUAUUUGUAUCCCGCCCUACACAGCCGAGACUGGGCUCAGGGCGGCUAACAUCAAAUAUAUAACAUUGGUAUAAAAUCAAACAAUAAUUAAAUUACCUCCUAAAAACAAGUCAGGAUCAAAUUUAAAUCUAAUUAGAUGGCUUUCCGCAGGAUUAGGGUUGGGAACAGUAAAUGUUCAUCAGGCCCAACUAUUUACGCUGUUCUUAUAUGGGCCUGUGAGAAGUAGAUAUUCUAGAAACAUAAGUUUCUGUUCAUUAGUUUCUAUUUCAUUAGUUUCUGUUUGGCCACUAUAUUAUUUGGAACUGUGUGGAUAGAAGAAGGCUAUAGGUAAUCUAAAACAUUUUGUGCCUUCUGUUUUUUAACUUUGUGGUGUUGCAAAAGCAGCAGAAACUCCUGACUCUUUAUUCCCCUUGAAUGAAAAUAAAAAUGGUAUUGAACCUUAAAUAUUUGCACAGUAUUUGAUAACUUAACACGCCAUUGCCUUCACAGUCUUCUAUAAUAGCUUAAAUGAUGUCACUAAACGUUGUAAGAAUAUCAUACAUUAUUGCAAACACUUGGAUUGUGUGACAAUUUUGGAAUAUGAAAAGCUUUUGAAAAAAUGUUUCUCCCAUCAUGGAGGGUUUAUUUCAUCUAAUUAUCACAAGCUUGUAGUGGUUCCCAGUUUUAUAACCUCUAAUUAUUAAAAAAAUACGCUGUCAUUCAGAUGUGUGCAUGAAAGUGAUAUUCGGUGUGAGGAAACAUAUAUAGGACAUUGCAAAACAGAUUAUAAACACAUAGCAAGGCAUCAAAGGCAAAUAAAUAUAGAAUUAAUCAACAGUGGCAUUCUACAGCUAAAGUGUAGAUUAACAUAUGCACAGAAACAAUUGAUCAUUUAGACAAAUUUGUCAGAGCUGAAUAGCUGCACUCUAUAAUAUUCCAGAAAUAAGUGUCACUGGCAUUAACUUUUUUCCUUUCUUGUAGUCUACACACAGAAUUUUAAGGAACCUAUUAGAUGUUGUAAUAUUGCAGCAUGGAGCGCAUUGCAGCUCCCCCCCCCAUCACAGGCUGUUCUGCAGGGUACCCCAAUACUUUGUAAAAGAUUUUAGGGUCACAGGUAGAAGGAAGAAUGGGCUGAAUUUGCGUCCCCUUCUCUUACAUCAACUGAUGGCUCCACUGGGUCAACAGCUAGUGGAAUAACAGCAAUAGAUUUCACUUUAAAAUUUCACAUUUUGAACAUGUGUAAGCUGCAGCAAUGCAUACUGUAAAAGCUUAUACAGUGGUACCUCGGUUUACGAACUUAAUCCGUUCUGGAAGUUCAUUCUUAAACCGAAGCUGUUCUUAAACCGAGGCGCGCUUUCCCUAAUGAGGCCUCCUGCUGCUGGUGCCCUUCCACCAUUCGGAUUCCGUUACGUAGAGUUAUCAAACCGGGACACUACUUCCGGUUUUGCGGAGUUUGUAAACCAAAUCGUUCUUAAACAGGACUGUUCUUAAACCGAGGUACCACUGUACUGCUAGUGUAUAGUGACUGAUUGGAAAAGUUAACACUCCACACUGCAAGUUUUUGUUACAGGUUGCAUUUGUUCUUAUUCUCAAAUUUUGCUCCUUAAUAACAGCUGGAAAACAAUUGUCGUUUGGUUUUCCCUGCGGCCAUUGUAAACUUUGUGCCAACGCUGUGAACUAGCAGAGUUCUAGUGUUGGACCAGUCAGGGCUACAUUUUCUUUGAAAUGAACACUUUUCACAGGGUGGCAAAUUCUCUUGAUUUCUAGGGAGACAAAGAAUAUUCUUCAAAAUCUGUGAUGGUGUGGACUGUAACUAACUUAACUGUUCAUGGUGGCUGAGGGAUUUCUCCCCUCAAAUACGACUUGCUUAAUCUCUUUAUGAUACACACACUACUGUGCACUUGCAAUCUUUUCACAUAAUGUUUCAAUCAAGGAAUUUAAGAAUUGAUGCUACCUUAUUAAAUCCAGUAUUCAGCUUCUGUGAGCAUAGUUGCCAAAUUGCACAAACAUGUCCAGGGAAGAGAGCAGCAAAAUACUAACAUAACUGAGGACAAAGCUGAGGACACCUUUGUACGUGUGCUUGCCAUGACAAGACUUAGGUUCUUAAUAUGCUUGGUGUUUUCCAUUGUAUGUGCAAACACACACCCCAAACUUCUGCAGGAAGUGAAACUUUUAGAAGUAUUAUGCUACCUAGAGUAGCUGCAGCAGAAGUACAUUAGUAUACAUGAUGGGGAUCAAUAUGCAUAGUAAAAGUUCACGGACUUUGUUGCUGUUAAUGCACGUGCCUAAGUGAUGUGAAUGACUAACUGAGAUAUUUCAGAUGUUUAAAAGUUUUCUUUGGUCUUUUCAGUGUGAUAUCUGAAAGAAAGUAUAUUCUCCAGGGUAUUCUGCAUUCAUGUCGUGGGUGCACUACACCCCACACCAGAUGAUGUUAAAUUCAUGCUUAGCAUCAUAAUUUCUAAGAUGAAAAGCACUGACUUGUGCCUUUGUAUUAUUUGUACACAGAUGGUGUUCUGUGAAGCAUUCAGCAAGCAAGCAAACCACAUCUGUCAAAACACUCUCCAUCAAUUCCAGCAUCUUGUGCUGAGUAGCAAUUGAAAGGUUGUCAGUUUAGAUCAAUGAUUCUCAUACCACGUUGGGUUGACUGGUCAUUUGUAUGAACUGAAAAGCCCAACUAGCUCAGGAGCUGCAGGUAGCUCAUUUGAGCAGUUCAGAAGCCAUUUCUUGGCUGAUCGAGGAAGUGAAUGAUGAAGUCCACUGUAAGGCUAUUCUGUAGGAACAGUCUCUUGAAUCUCCUUUCCUCCCACUUUCAGUCACAUGCAAGGACUGACGCAUGCUGGAACUCCUCCCCAGAGGAGGAGGGGAAAGUAAUGGUAGGACUAUGAUAAUCCCUAGGGGCCUUUAAACUGGCCUGUAGUAGGAAGUGAAGAAGCAGUGGCAGUUAUGGAAGAGGACUGAUUGGUUGGAAGAGAAAAACAGUAGAACAAAGGGAGAAUUAGAAAAUCUGUGAUGGGGACAAAGUGAAAUAUGUCUUAUUGUGGGACAGCACUCCUUAGCACUGUAGCAUCUCUGUAGUUCUAAAGUUUUGUUUGUUUUUCUUCUUUGGAGACACAGAACACACCUGAGGUCCAUGUAUUUGUGCUAUCCAUCUACAUAUCUUGUUGCUUAAAGCAACACUGAAUAUUGACAGCCAUCUUUGUUUUGAUACACACAACCAUUUGGCAUGAAAAGUGAAAGCUACUUUAAAGAUAAUCUUGUCAAGCUGUUACUCUGAUGAAGAGUGACAGACUCUGCAUCAUUUUGGCAGACAGGUCAAGUUUUCUUUGGGGAAGUGACAAUUUUCCUUUUUUUUCAACUAAUGAAAAGUCUACAAAAUGCGUCUUCCCUGAGCCAAAUGUAUUUUGAAGAGAGAGUGCACCGAAAAUGAAACAUAAAAUGCAUGCCUUUACAUAUUGGCACCAUGGUAUGCAUCCACAGAAAACCUGUGUGCUGUUGAAAAGUUUAAUAGAAAUACAAACUUGAAUGUCUUUCAACAGUGGGAUGUUAGGAAGAUUUCAAUGGCUUUGCAGGCAUAUACACAAAAACAAGUGUUUUAAGAUCCAAGUAACAAUUUCUUAUAAACUGGAUCUUUUUGGCACAUAUGAUAGUGGAAUACUUAUAUAAACUCUACUAAUUUGUGAAAACUAGCUUUUCAGGAAUAGCAAUAGUUGCAUUUGAGUCCAUUGGCGCUUGGCUGCAGAGGACUCCUUAGAAGAUGUAUAGUUGUUAGAUUAUUAUGACCCUGUCAGGGGUCUUCUCUAAGUAAAAGUUGCUGAUACUACUCCCUAGCCCUUGGGCUAAGGUUAAAUAAAUAAGUGAUGGGAAAGGACAUUUGAAAAUUGACUCUCAGUACACUGUGAUAUCCAUCAGAAUAAGUUCAGGCAUCAUCUCAAGUUACUCAAUUCUAUAUCAACUAACUAAGAAUGAAGUUGAGAGCUAUAAUAAAUAACAAUACAUAGUAUUUAGAGUGUUCAAAACACUUCACACACUUUUCAGCAGCCCUGCAAAUUGUUGUCCAUAUAUUAUUGUUCCCAUGUUGAAGGCUGGAGGAGAAGUGAAUCUCAAAGGUUUGAACAUUGAUUUAACUGGCUAACAUAAAAAUGUAGAGUUUGGAUUUGACACAGGACUUAUAAAAGUCAUUUGCAAAAGAACUUGCAUGUGUACUUGCUUUUUCAGAAUUUUAUGCACAAGCUUCUUAGUAUUCUAGAAAGAAAAUGCUAAGAAGGUGCUACAAAGACUUAAUAAUUUUUCAGGAAGAGAUUAAGUCUUCUUAAUGCCUAAACACAUCAUAGCAUAGUUGCAUUCUGCUAAUAGAUGUUCAGAGCAUACACCUUACAUAUUUCUCCUUCAUGCUUAUGCAUUUUACAGGUUAUUAAUAGCCUCUAGUAUAUAAUACUAAAAAAUGUCAGUGCCUCUCCAAUGUCUUCAAAAUAAUUUCAUUAUUAUGUUAAUAUGAAGCCCUCUGUGGAUAAUGUUUUGUCAAUCGUUUUUAAAAGGGACUGUAUGUUACAUUAUAAAAAUUAUAUGCUUAACUCUUUCUAGUUGGUAAGUAAUUACCAUGACCAGCUCCAUGAACUUUGAAGAUCACUUUCAAAUUGUUUUGCCUAAGAUUUACCCCAUUUUUGUUUUAAAAUCAUGGAGUUGGAAGGGACCAUAAGGGUCUUCUAGUCCAACCCCAUGCAAUGCAGGAAUCUUUUGCCCAACACAGGGCUUGAACCCAUGAACUUGAGUUAGGGUGUUCAGAAUUUCCCAGACAUAGAGGAGAUUCGGCCGUCAGAAAUAGCGUCCGGGCAGAAAUCACUGAAAUGUCCGGGGGAAAAGCUCAACAACUUUGAGCAGAACUGAAAAAAGCUCGAGACUUUUGCUCCUACCCCCACCAGGCAACCCUACUUGAGUUUAAGAGUCUCAUGCUCCAUCAAUUGAGCUACCCCACAGGCACCAAGACUUCAUAAGUUUCUGAGUCACUCUGUAGUCUUCUCUGUCUGGAAAAUUCAUGGCUAUCUUUUUUCUCUCUGAUAAAGUGAAACCAAUCUGACUGGCAAAAUGUCCAGCUUUGAGCUUGAGAGGCGAUGUUUGUAGAGAUAUGUAGGGACCUUUCAUUUUGAUUGACACUUCUAGCGUUAAUCACAGCGAAUUAUUUUCCCAGGGUACUCCAAUCACAGUUAGAACUGAUGUUUUCAUUGUCACAUAUAAUAUGGUUAGGAGAGAAUAGCAGCAUUUUUAAAAUUCAGCCUGCAAUUCAGUGCACCCUUUCUUGAGAAUAAGACCCAUUGAAUUUAGUGAGACUGACUUUAGAGUAAACAUGCAUAAGACUGCACUCUUAUUCUCUCUGAUCAUAGUAAAAUGUGCUUUGCUGAGAUAUGUUUGAAAAUAUACAUCCCAUUCCUUCUUUAAAACUGCAUAGUCCAAUCCAUAGAUCUUCAGGCAUAAUCAUAAUUGUAGUCUCCUCCUUCUUCAUACCACUAAAUGCAUGUUUGAAGAAGGUGACAGGCUCCAUCUUCUUUCCUUUCACAAGCAAGUAGCAUUCAGCUAUCAUAACUUGGUAGAGCAGUAUUUUGUGCUCUUGUGAGUCAUGUGUACUCUCAUAGCCUGUUUCCUGAUGGAGAAAACCCACAUUAAAUUUAAGCUAAGCUUGAAUACAGUGAUCCUUUCAGCUUUUCUUUAAUUUUAGACAGCUAACCGCACUUUUCCUAUUCUUUUUUCAGCGUCUCUACAGGGCUUUAUCAGAGAUUUUGUUCACAUAUAUCACAUGUAUCUGUGACAAGUUUCAGCAAAUUCAGUAAUAUAUAUAUAGUGACAGAGAUUGCAAUCCUAUCCACACCUACCUGGGAGAAAUCCCCAUUAAAGACUGUGGGGGCAUACUUCGAAUACUGGAAGGAUGAAUGAGAUCAUGAAAUUAAAAUUAAGGAAUUUGAUCUCAGUGUUUCGUCAGUCACAUUUUGAUGCGAUGUACACUGUUUAUUUGUCAACAACAUGAAUAAUGCUUUGGAAAAUACUUAAAAAGAUUUAAGGCACAGUAAGAGCUGUGUUAUCAUCACUACCUUGCUUUGAGUUUUCACCUCCUUAAAAUAAAUUUGCCAAACCUUUGUUUCUUACAGCCUGGUUCCUAUGCAAGAUGUUCUGCGAUAUAAACGUUACAUGAGAGGUGGACUAAAGCUACCACCUUUAGGAUCUGAUAGGGAUGUGAAGCAGACAGCUUUGACUAAGAUGGAACAGCAUGCGGAGGUCAAAACGCAUGCCCCUGGAAUCACAGUAAGUGUGCUAUUUAUAUAUUAAUUUGGAAGCUAGGGUUGUGCAUCAGAUUUUCCCGAGGCAAACUGGGCAUAUUCGGCAGGAUUUAGGUGUUGCCUGAGUUAGGCUUAGGUAGUUACGGAUCGCUGCAGGUCGGGUUGGGUGGCCCAGAGUGAUCUAGGACUGUUAGGCACCAAGCAAAAAGGAGAGGCAGGCAUCAUGUUGGAAAACCCCAUUGAAAGGCUGAGACAUACCUGGCUAAAAACCCAAGAAUGCCCAACUUUCCCACUUGCCUGAUGCCCCUUGCCUGAAGCACCAUCCUGCAGGAUUAUUGUGGAGGCAUCAAUCUUGCUGCUGCAGGAAAGCCACCUGCAAAGCAGCAACCCACAGACUUGCACCCCCUUAGUUGUGAGUGGGGAGGAGAGGCAACGCCUCCUUUCCUCGUGCUCCUUGCCUGCUGUAUGUUUAAUUGGUGUUUUAAACAAUUAAUUAAGCAUUAUCCCUCCCCCUGAACUAAUUCGUAACCAGAUCCAGGCUGGGCAGAUGGUACCCAGCUUGGCCUGGUGUGGGUUGGCCUGACAGACACCCUUUUCCUUCUCCAUCAGGGCCAUAAGUUGCAUACAGCUCUAUCAAAAACUAUAGGAGAGAAUCUGCAUUUUACAUUUAGUAGCAAGAAUCAUUCUGUGGAUCCAAGGAAAAUCAGUAGAACCCUGGGAAAUUUGUCCAUAUUUGAUUAUAAGGAAUUUACACUUGUAAAUUCUGUACACUUUGCACAGAUAUAUUAGAAAUGUGCUCCGAAUGACACUUUUUGGGCAACAUUGUAUCUCACAUACAAUGUUAUUUUUACCAGUACAGAAGCAAGGCAGUGGGAACCCUGGAAGAUUCAAAUUAAGUACAGUGGUACCUCUGGUUGCAAACGGGAUCCGUUCCGGAAUCCCAUUCGCAACAUGAAAAGAGCGUAACCCACAGCGGCGCGUCUGUGCACACGCAGGUUGCAAUUUGCCGCUUCUGCGCAUGCGCGUGACAUCAUUUUGCAUGUCUGUGCAUGCGCGAGCGGCGAAACCCAGAAGUAACCCUUUCCGGUACUUCCGGGUCGCCAUGGGACGUAACCUGAAAGAACAUAACAUGAAGCGGAUGUAACCUGAGGUGUGACUGUACAAAUUUGACCAUGACAAUGGGAUCCUAAGAAUCACCUCAGAAAGCAGUUUUGAAGGGUAACCAGUUUGACAGCAUCUUCUCAAUCCCACACUUCUGUACCAUAUACCGCUUGUGGGAUUACCUUUUACCCCAAAAUCUUAAGUGCAGGGGGUACCAAGUUACCACCUCAGAAGCGAGUAAAGGUAAAUAUGGCUAUGAUUACUUGUAGGGUCGAGAGCCUUGUGGAAUCCAAAUGCCCUGACCAGGUAUAGUUCUGAUUGAACUGAAUUCUCAGACACUUACAAUUCUUAAUCUGUUCUAUAUUUAUACAGUCUAUUUCCACUUACGUAGGUGUGAACUUUUAGCAGACAAACCAUCUUAGUUUCAGCAUAACUCAAGCUGAGGAAUUCCUUUUCACAAAAUAAUUCAAGGUCUCUGAGAAAAUGUCUCAUAAAGCUUGUGGCUAUGAAUUGUAGGAGAAAAGCGCUGAGGACCUUGAAGAUUUGGGGUAAUGUUAUUUAUAUGAAAAUUGAAUGGGGAAAAGUGAGGGAGGCUAGCAGAUAUCCCUGUCUUGCAUCCCUUGAAGUUGGAAUCACCUUGUUGAGGUCACCAUUAAAGCCAGCUCACCAAUCUGAAAAUAAAGAGUUUUAAUUAAAAUCCAGAUUUUCUUGUCAGUACUUGUAGUGAGCAAUUAAAGCCCAAGUCCGUCUCUGUGUAUCAAACCCAAGGUCAAGGAUAAUGUUAGUAUGUUUGAAGGAAGCGAGUUGUGUGGGUGGAGCUUGUAGUAUAAUGCUGGUCUUACAGGUAGGCAUAUCUGAUACUGCUCACAUUUUUCGUCAAGAUUCUUUGGUGUAAGGAAAUAUACAUUUCUAGCUAAUCUUAUAUACUUGAUCAUUUCAUGUUUUUCAGAUAUGAUUAAAUAUGUUGCAUAAUGAAUCUAAAUACUCUGUGAAGGGUUUUCUGCAGAAUUUGCUGGUUUGUGGACUGCAGUUUGCUGAGUAGUCAUUAGGACUCAGUGAAAAAAUAUACUGUAUUUAAAUUAUUUAUUUUUUAAAAAAUAGACAAAAUGAGAGUUUUGAACUACCAGAUGCAAUCAUACAAAGUCGAUUUUAAAAAAAGCAUAUACAAGCGUUUUAUAUUAUUUUCUUAAGUCUUAAUUCUUUCCUUUUAUUUGCUUUUUCAAAACAAAUACUAGCAGUCUGUUUGGAGAAACUAGCAGAACGAAUUUCAACAUUGAUAUGUCUAAAUUACAUCCAAAAAAUAAGAGCAAAUAUUAUUAAAGCAAUGUGGCAGCAAUCUGUGUUAGAGUGGAUAUAACAAAAGAAAUGGCUUGUUCCAUCACUAGGAAUUGCAAUGAUAUAUUUUAAAUUGACAUGAAAUGGUUUCUGAUAGGGUGGGCAACAUCUGCUUCCACUUUGUGUGAUGGUGGCCUGUGGCUCCAAUAUGCAGGCAUCAUUGCGUGAGCAUACAAUUCAGAAGUAUGCCUCUCCAUAACUCUGUUAGGAAUUUUCUCUCCACGCUCCCCCCCCCCCCCGUCUUUCCUUAAGCACUAAGCUACUGAGGAAGACAGUUUCCUCUUAUUAAAAGCUUGCCCUAGUAGAAAUCUCACAAUCAAAUUUGCACAGUUGUGUCAUGGGGUGCUGCAGGGUGGUAUUCUAUCUUCCAAUGUUUAACACCUACUUAAAGUCAUUCAUUCGGGAAUUUUGGGGCCAGGUGUCACCACACUCAUCUCUAUUUCUGUAUAACAUCUGGAUUAGGAGAGAGUGUGCAGGCCCUGGACUGGGUCUGGAUGCAGAGGUGGGCUGGAUGAGGAGAAAUAAGCUGAUUUGAAUCCUUGGGAUCUUUGGGUGAGUGAUUCUUGUGUCAGAGAAAUUGAUCAGUCGCCUAUUCUGAAUGGGUUUUCACUUCCUCCGAAGGAGCUAGUUCAGAGCUUUAGGGUGGUCUUUUAUCCAGAUUUGUCACUAGCCUUGGGGGUUAGAAGUUGCUUUUACAGGCUUCAGCUGGUAAGACAAAUGCCAACAUUAUUGGACCAGGUUAGCUUGGCCACAGAUGCUUUGGACUACAACUCACAUCAUCCUUGACUAUUGGCUAUACUGGCUAGAGCUGAUGGGACUUGUAGUCCGCAACACAUGGUGGGCACCAGGGUACAGGUGUUUUGUUUUUGCAGCUAUGCCUUGUUAAAUUCUGGGUCUGCUUUUCUAAUGUUUGAUGAAGUUUCCAUUCUGUGGAGUAUUUGUAGAUUUUAAAAACCACCUUGCUUGUGCUCAUGGAUUUGUCUCACUGGAUUGAGACAAAACAUUUCUUGUGAAUUUAACUUUCAUAAGCAUAACCAAAUCCUCUCAGUGGUCUAGGACCGGCACAUUGUAUUUGGUCAUACAAGUAAUGUAGAAAUACUGACAUUUGACAGCCCUUUUACAGAUUUCAUAGUAGGUGAAAGCAAGCUGAAUUCCAGUAAAUAUCCAUGCAGUACGUAAUAGCUGCAAGAGUCUGCAUUAGCUCAAAUAAGACAUUAAUUUAAUGAUAAUGAAAUCCAUUGAUCAUUAAUCUAACAAUCAAGGGAACUGAAACUAUUUCCUACUCACAAACUGCAACAACUGGGCGGCUUCCAGCAAAAUAUUAAAUACAAUAGUCCUUCAGCUUCCCUAAACAGGGCUGCCUUCAGAUGUCUCCUAAAAGUCUGAUAGUUGUUUUUUCCUUUGACAUCUGGUGGGACGGUGUUCCACAGGGCGGGCGCCACUACCGAGAAGGCCCUCUGCCUGGUUCCCUGUAACUUCGCUUCUCACAGUGAGGGAACCGCCAGAAAGCCCUCAGUGCUAAUAACUAAGGAGAUAGUACAGGAAUACUUGGCUAGUUUAGAUGUAUUCAAGUCUCCAGGGCCAGAUGAACUGCAUCCAAGAGUAUUAAAAGAACUGGCAGAUGUGAUCUCAGAACCACUGGCAGUCAUCUUUGAGAAUUCCUGGAGAACAGGCGAAGUCCCGGCAGACUGGAGGAGGGCAAAUGUUGUCCCUAUUUUCAAAAAGGGGAAAAGAGAGGACCCAAAUAAUUACCGCCCAGUCAGUCUGACAUCAAUACCAGGGAAGAUUCUGGAGCAGAUCAUUAAGCAAACAGUCUGUGAGCACCUAGAAAGGAAUGCUGUGAUCACCAAUAGUCAGCAUGGAUUUCUGAAAAAUAAGUCAUGUCAGACUAACCUGAUCUCGUUUUUUGACAGAAUUACAAGCCUGGUGGAUGAAGGGAACGCAGUGGAUGUAGCCUACCUUGAUUUCAGCAAGGCAUUUGACAAGGUGCCUCAUGAUAUUCUUGUAGUGCUGGACCUCAGUGUCCGGACAGAAUGAUGGGGGUGGAGACGCUCCAUCAGGUAUACUGAGCCAAGGCCGUUUAGGGCUUUAAAGGUCAGCACCAACACUUUGAAAUGUGCUUGGAAACGUACCGGGAGCUAAUGUUGGUCUUUCAAGACCGGUAGUCUCGGCACCACUCCCAGUCAACAGUCUAGCUGCAGCAUUCUGGAUUAGUUGUAGUUGCCGGGUCACCUUCAAAGGUAGCCCCACGUAGAUUGCAUUGCAGUAGUUGAAGCGAGAGAUAACUAGAACAUGCACCACUCUGGCGCGACAGUCUGCGGGCAGGUAGGGUCUCAGCCUGCGUACCAGAUGGAGCUGGUAAACAGCUGUCCUGAACACAGAAUUGACCUGUACCUCCAUGGACAGCUGUGAGUCCAAAAUGACUCCCAGGCUGCACACCUGCUCCUUCAGGGACACAGUUACCCCAUUCAGAACCAGGGAGUCCUCCACACCUGCCCGCCUCUUGUCCCCCAAAAACAGUACAUAUGUCUCGUCAGGAUUCAACCCCAGUCUGUUAACUACCAUCCAUCCUACAACCACCUCCAGACACUCACACAGGACCUUCACUGCCUUCACUGGUUCUGAUUUGAAAGAGGUAGAGCUGGGUGUCAUCUGCAUAUUGAUGAACACCCAGUCCAAACCCCUGAUGAUCUCUGCCAGCAGCUUCAUGUAGAUGUUGAAAAGCAUGGGGGAGAGGACGGAACCCUGAGGCCCCCCACAAGUGAGGGCCCAGGGAUCUGAACACUCAUCCCCCCCCACUUUCUGAACAUGGAUCCGAGUUUAACUAGAGCUCACUUGCGCCUAUGUGCUCAUAAGCAGAGGCCUUCAGUUUAGUCACCACUGUAGUCAUUUAAAAAUGCCCCAAGAAUAGCAUAUGAUUCUGCUCAAACUGAGAAUUUUCUUUGUUUGUUUGCACAGAUAAAGCUAAGGUGCCCUUGCCAGCUACAAGCUGCAGAGAAAUGCAUCUUGGUGUAACAGAUGAUGAGUGAAAGGGUUGUUUAGUUUAAAAGCUGGAAUUUAUUCAAGGAGCAUAGAGAUGUGAGGUUGGAACAAGUAUGCACUCAUCCAUGCAAACAGUGAUGUUGCCUAGAGAGACAAAUAAUUUCUGAAGGAAGGGUAGAAAAGAAGAAUUAGCAUUUUUUUUACUGCAUCAUUAAAUGGAUAGCAAUAAAGUUAGUAAAAAAUAUAUAGCCAAAUGAGUGUUGCUGAUGGGAAGAUUUUUGGAAUAUUGCUAUAGCAAUAUCUCUGACAGAUGAAAUGUUGAUUUUAACAGAUUAAAGAAGUGAAAGAUCUUAAGGAGCUUCAUUUAUAUUUGAGAAGAUUAAAAUAUCCCAUUAUCUCGACCUUACUCAGAUUGGAAGAAAAGAAAAAAAUGAAAGAAAAGAAAUCCAAAAGGUCACCAAAGAAGGGUUAGUAAUUUACGUAUUUUUUAUAGCAUGUGAAGGAAGGAUAUUUUAGGAGAUGGUUAUGACAUUUCUGUACUGCAUACAGACCUAUGGAUAUCCUUACACCUUGAUUUCUGACCAUUAUAUUAAGUAUUUAUCUACUUUCAUCUCAAAAUGUACUUACUUGAUUUUAGCGCUGAUCUGUUCAUGCUAUUAGUGUUUCAUCUUUCAAUGUUAUGGACAAAUAUUUACACAGUAUGUUUUUUCCCCAUUUUGUAGUCAGGAAGCAAGUCUGUGGGCAAGUUUGCAAUGCAAUGACUAGAAAUGUGCCAUUUGAUUUACAAAAAUCUGCAGAAUCUGAAUGUUUGUGUCAACCCUCUCUGCAGUAUUCAGGGAGGGAUUGUUAACACAUGGGUGCAUUUCCUUAAUAAAAUGACAAGGACCUCUGCUAAUUUCUUGAAAGUCGGCUUUGACAUUGACGUAUGAGACUGAAAACGUUUAUUUAUCCGUCAUCGUCAGUGUCAUUCACGUGGUGUCCGGUUAUUAACCAUGUAUGUCCUAGAGUUCCUCAUUUGGAAUAUAUUUUGCACAACUCUAUAGACUACAGGCCUCUGACGAAAUGUUUGCAAGGUGUUGGGCAUCUAGUCUGUACAUAGAAACGUGUGUUUAUCUGCAGCACUGACUAGGGAGCACAUGGUAUUCCACACCUAGUUGCAUGAUAAGACUAUUGUCUAGGACCAUUCAUAUCUGGUGUGAAUGUGCUGUGUAAUCUCAGAGCGAUUCCAAGCUCUUAUCAUUACCCUCUUGAUCACAGCUAUAAGUACACUCAUUGGUGGCCAUUUUUCUGCAUUUGUUUGUUUCUUUGAAAGCAUCCAUCGACAGUGUUGUGGCAGGUAGUGUAAUGCUGGUCCUCAAAUGGUUUUUCUCCCCAUCCUCCUCCCUUGCAAGCAUACUGUGGACAUAUAAGCAUUGCAGUUUUACAAAUAGCACUCAACUAAACUGAAAUGUGCCUUACUUUGAUUCAGAAUGGGUCACAGUUUCUUCUCUGAUGGAAGAAAAGUUGUGUGAUCUCUACCACACAACUUCUUUCCCCAUCGUCCUCCAUUGCAAAGAGUUAGUGGACACUGACACAUUGCAGUUUUAUUAUAUGUAGCAAUGAACAGAGCUUUGGUCCCAGGCUCGCUGUCAUGAGUGUGUGCACAGUUAAGUCAUACCUCUUCAGUAGUGAACAGAGACCAAGAUCUCUGCUUGUUUGGCAAUGCUUUCUUAGUCUUGUUUUAAAAAACAGUCACAGGUAAAGUGAGUGGAUUACUGGAAACUCAGAUUUUGUAGGCAUGAAAGUGGCAUUGUUGAGGCCACUGAAGCUGUUAGUUAGCUUUUACUGAAAACAGGGAGGGACCAAGAAUAAAAUAGCUUUGGGGUCCUUGCCAUGAGUAAAAUGCAAGUCCAUCUACUCUGAUCUGUAGGUUAAAGCUGUCUCAACAUACAAAAAUUGAAAAACAUGGGUUUUAAUAAAAAACAUGGGUUUUUGUUUUAAAAACCAGCUAUGGAAAGUUGUCAUUCUCAAGAUUUCAGAACAUUUUUGCCAGGAUACUGGGGCCUCUUGAGGCCUUCAGACCACCGUGUGCUGACCAUCUCAGAUUUAAUGGAUUCAGCAAAUUUGAGUAGACAAAAAUGUCAUUAGUAUUAUAUAGAACCAUUCCUACAUAGCUGUUUUCAUUUAUUUUUAUUAACAUUUCAGUGCAUAAAGAUUUUUACUGAUGUGCAAUGUGGGUUUCAUUAUUAAUCUUUUAUGUUGUGUUAAUGAAGAGGAAAUUCUAUGCAUACAAAUGUGCUUAAGUACUUUGCUUAGCAGUGUCUGACUGUGGUGGUUGAAGGAUUUCUGGGUCAUGGGGAGAAGUUAUAGUUACAUUUUCAGAUUCAUUGACACUGAUUUUCAUUAUUUUUAACGACACCUUCUCAAGUCACCUUCUGAAAGCAUAUAUUGUGUGGUUCAUUGUGGCAUGUCAAAACACUGUAUUGUGACAAUCCUCCAACAAUCACUCAAUAAAGUAGCUAAAAACAUAACUGUUGCCAACACUGUCUAGCAAGGGCAUUGGUAUUUCUAAUUGUGUUAUUUUUGGUGACAUUCCAGGGGGGCUUUUUAUUUUCUUAUAGAUUGGUUUAUGACACCUUUCCUACUCGCAUAAGAAUUCUUUCUACUUCCCUCAGUAACUUUGAUGAUCCCCAGUGGAGUGGCUUAUCUUUAACAGUGUUUUCGUUAUCUGCCACACUGCAUUUCUACUGGCAAGUUUUAGAUAAUGGCCUGUUUAAAUUUAACAUCUCAUAUCCUUUUCUUGUGAGAAAUAUUCCAGUUUGAUUCGGUUACCUUGGUGAGCUGUUUCGACUUAAAUUUAUUUAAACCUAAGAGAACAUGGUAUGGAACAUCAGUGAGCUUGCAGUCUAAAGUCAGGCUAGUGUAGCUGACAGGAGGUGGUAUGAAAAAAGGAAAGUUGUGUUGCUUCUGGAAAGGUACGGUUCAGGAAGAAUGCUUUGAAGAAGGAUUUGAAGCCAUUCUGAGUGUAGUUUGACAGAGGUAUAGAUCGUUCCAGUUGCAGAGAGUGGCACAGAAAUGGCACAGAAACAUAAAAUGGAAGCAGGUCGUUAACAAAGGCCAAUAGCAGAUGAGUUCAGGUGAAAAGAGGGAAUUGGGGAAACAUUGGUACUGUUCAAUACAGAGACAAGAUGAAGGUUGUGUAAGUUAAAAACAUUAUCAGCAAGAUAUUGUGUGAGUGGCAGAAAAUGACUUGGAGCCAGCAAUGCCAGAUAGUUGUGACUUGGAAACAAGUGAACAUGGGUCUUCUUCUGGUGUUCUACACAAGUCAGACCCAUCUCACAGGUCACUAGUGAGAGAAUUGAUAUCUGGAGUGAUAUGCGCAAUAAUAGAAGCACUGCAUGCUUCCAGGUUUUGUGAAUUUUCUUGCCUGUAGUUGCUGUUCUCACCUUGGGAUUUAAUUUUAAAAAACCCUGACCUGUUGACAAUGAUUUAUUCUAAUUCCCAUUUUAUUCCUUGAUUUCAAUGAGAAAUUAUUAUUAUUUUGCUAAAAUUAUUCUGCUAAAAACCUCACAGUUCUAAGACAUAGCAUAUACAUAUUUAUAUGUAUUGCAUUUACAAUAUUAUAUGCAUAUUACAUGCACAUACAGCCCCACUUUUUUAAACUAACAGACACAUAGACAGAUACAUACAAUCCAUGAAAUUGUAUAAAAUGUUUAUGUAUUAAUACUUAUAAAAUCAUGCUGCGGAAAUAUACCGUAUUGGCCUGAAUAUAAGCCGCACCUGCAAAUAAGGCACACCUUUAAAAUUUGGCUGCUUGGGGGAGGAUUGGAAUCCGCAGAUGAGACAGGCGCCGUUGCCACGCACUCCUGGACUGCUUCCUGGUGGAGUGGGGGGAGCCACACCGCUCUGCCGGCGGUGUAAGGUCAUGAAUAUAAGCCACAAUUUGACUUUCUACAAUCGGAAUUUGGGGGGAAAGUGUGGCUUAUAUUCUGGCCAGUACAGUAGUAUAGCAUGGGAACUGAUGCUUUUAUUUGUUAAAAAUAUUGUGUGUAUAAUUUUGCACGCGCACACACAUGCAUAUAUAUAUUCACAAGCAACUUGGUGCUCAGCACAAAAGGGGAUCUGAUGUGGGGAAAGCUUGAUUGGGUCAGAACCACCAAAUUCCAACUGCUUCCUCUCCAUCUCUGAUGUUGUUUCUUGCCUGCUCCUCACAAUGACUUUGCAGCUUCCAGAGCUGGGAAGAAGUGGCAGCAGCUUUUUGCUCACCAGAAAAUGCAUGCUUUGCCAUUGGCAUUUCAAAUUUGUCAUGUUGGCUGGUAUCCACUAGCCUGGAAAUCGGUGAAGACACUGCCUUCUAGUUGUGUGUCACAGAAGCUAGAACCAUCUCAGAGGUCACCAGUAAAAAGAUUCAUAUCUAGUGUGCUAUGCGCACUUAAUGUCAUGUGCUUCAGCAUUGUUAUUCACCAACAGAAAUGACAUUAUUCACUGACCUGCACUUUCUUAUACCUUCCUACUCAUCAUUAGGCUAGCCUAACCUGCAGAAGCCUUUUAUCUUGGGAACACGGGAAAAUGGGAUCUAAAACUUCUUCUGGAGUACUUUCAGUUAAAUGGCAUAAUGCUAUGGGCUUCCUUGAUAUUGCACUAUGCUUGAUUUAGAUUGUUUCCUAAUGGGUUAUCCAUUUCAGUAUAGCAUAUGCUUAUAGAAAAGUACCUUCAUUAAUUACAAGACACUUCUGGGGAAACAAUAGAUUUGUAACUCUCCCGCUCCCUUCACAAACUUGUUUAUUAAUGUAUUAUAUUUAAGCUGGUUAGCAUUUGCAUGUCAGUUUCCCCCAGUCAUUUUAAAUUUGAUUAUGAAUGAUUGGGUGCAAAGUCAUAGGUAGGUGAAUCGACAGGAAACCAGAUGUGACCAACCAAAUAACAAAUUGCUUGCUUUUGAUAAGGGCCAAGAUCCAAAGAAUUAUCCACCCAGUUCCCUAAACUCAAAGAGGCUUGGCCUUAUGCACAUUCUUAAAUUGGAGCUCUUCUAAAGCGGUUCACAAAUGAAUCAAUAUCAUUAAUUCUGCCAGCACUAUAAGUAUGCUGGGAGGCCAAUAGGUAUGUGUUAGCUUUUCAGUCUGUUUAAAUAAUUUCAAGAAGCCAUCCUCAGUUUCCCCCCCAGCAAGGAGGUCAUGUAAUAGAUUGCAUAAUCCUUAAAGGGUUAUUAUAACAAAUCUGGCAGGAAGAAGUGUAGAGAUGUAUGCCAGUGGGUUAUACUGUACCACACAUCUUGGAUAAAAGCGGUCUUUCUGUCUCUUCCUGGCAUGCUGUUCACAGUUUUACCAGAACAGACCUCGUUUUGUUAAAACAAAUACCUUGUUUUCUAUUUUAAAAAGCAGGUGGGUGAGACCGGAAGUGUUUUUUUGUCCCGUCCCCCCCAAUGUGGUUUGAUUUCAAACUCCACAGGCAAAGGAAGCAGGGUUUGCAAGAGCUGCCCAAUCAGCUGAUUGGUAGACCCUGCAAGGAUUGCUUUCAGCAGGGAUUGGCUCCAUUUGGGAGCUCUUGCACCAGAUUUUAAAGCCGCUGAUUACAAACCCUGCUUGCCAAGUAACAACUGGGAGCGCACUUUAAGGCUCUCAGUUGUUCCUUUUCGGCUAAAUCUUUGUCUUUCCCACACCUGAUGUCAACAUUUUGAGGGGCAGGUGAAUGUGGCUCGGGGGGAAUCGCCUUGUGAGCCAAAUUAAGAACCUUGCUGGGCCUAAUAAAGCACACAGGCUGCAGGUACCCUUGCCGCAGAUAUAAAAAGAACAGAAUGAGCAGAAAUAAUAAGUUACAGUUGAGAAAAGCGAAAUGAAAUUUAGCGUGCUCGUUUUCCUUAUUUGCGUGCUUGGUCUUUGGCAGUGGUAUACCAAUGUAAUAUCAGAUUUGGCUUACCAUCAAAUGGAUCAGUUUCCCAGACUAGCAACUUUGCAGGGGUGUUUUCAGCACAAUCUGCUCCCAGUCAUCCCUCCCUUAUCCAUUCUUGCUGUUGCUGUUCCGAAACAGCCCCCUCCUUUUUCAUUUUCACCCCCCUGUAUCUUUAUUAGGCUGUAAAUCUGUCACCUCUGUAUAUUGUACCUAAUGUUGAAUGAAAGUCUUAUUUAAUAGGGGGAGGGGAGAAUAUACCUUCUUCUGUUACUGCUUCCUCCCUCUCUUGAGCAUGCAACGUUCUCAUGCAUAUUUGAACCUAGCAAAUGAACAAUUGAGGGAUGUGGGGCAGCUACUGGCUAAAAUGAGUGGAAGAAACAUUUCACUCUAUGGCAAGGUUGGAGAAGAUGAAAAAAGUACCAUCGUAUUCCAGGAUAAGCUGUUGUCAAGGGUUAGUGGGGAUAUAUGGUAGGCCUUGAAGGGCACAGCUGGUUUGGGCAAGCAAAGAACUAGUGCAGGGUUUUCCAAACUUGGUUCGCCAGCUGUUUUGGGACUACAAUUCCCAUCAUCUCUGACCAAUGGUCCUGCUGCUAAGGAUGAUGGGAGUCGUAGUCCAAAACCAGCUGGAGACCCAAGUUUGAGAAACCUGGAACUAGUGCAAGGAUAGCCAUUUAUCCAGGGUUCCAUCUUUGCAAGCCUCAUAAGUAUGUCCCUGAAGCAGUUGGAAGAAUUUUAUAGACUUUCCAUUAUUUGGUUCUUUGGAUGGGAUUUGCUUCUUUAUUUUAAAAUGCUAUAUUGUAACUUUGUUAAUGAAAACUUUAAUACAUUGAAAAUAUUUGGGGAAAUACUAAUGUAAUUGUUGAACUGUUUUAUGUUCAGAGCACUUGGGCUGGAAGGAACCUGAAGUGAAAUCUGAUGAGACGGCAAUGAAAUUCAGGCUUUCCAUACGUAGAAUGCAUUUUUAUUCAUUGCAUGAUGAGCUGCAGUCGUGUCGAGAGAGAGACAAAGAAAUUUUUGACGCUGUACAUGACUUGCGUUACUUCAUGCAGCCUAUAACUCCAACUAAGCCUAUUCAUGAGCCAGUGAGCAUAGAUAAGAGGACCUUUGCUAAAGCAUUUGGAGCUGUCAGACUUCGCCCCUUGUGUGCUAUUGAUAAAGCAUACUUGGAAAGUCAAAAGUUGGAUGUUGAGCUUAAAAAGGAGCGGCAUGUCAUGCGGAUGCAGAUUAUUAAAUGUGAAGUUACAGACUACAUCCAUCGUUUACAGGAAAAUAAAAUGGAGAAAGUUCAGAUGGAAAACGAAGAGGGAAAGCUCAUGACUAAAGAUACUCUGGAAGAGCAGAAGAACAAAAGAUCAAAGUCAAUUAAUAAACUGAGGCAAAACUAUACCAAUUUUGUAAACAUCAAGAAGAAAAAGACAUUUGAAAAUACAUUUGUUCAGCGCUUCAGCACUCAACAUCUUUCUUUGACGAAUGGCUUAUUAAGAAUGGAUGGAUGGAGGAAGAAUGAAGAAUUUGUGAAAGAACGAAAAGUUGUAGUUAGAGGAAUUAUAGAAGAACAGAAGCAGCGAAGAGAGAUGUUCGAAAAUUUCCGUGAGGAGAGGUAAGUUUGCUUUUCUUAAUUAUUCACUGCACAUAAAGCUUUGAAGUUUUCACAAAUUUAUAGAUAGUCUUCAAGGAUAGUUCUUGUGGAAAACUGGAACCCCCAAUAAAUAAAGAUUUAUAUCCUGAUUUUCUGUGUCAUUGUCCAAGAUGCCUAAAGUGGCUAAUAUAUAUAAUAUAUAUAUAUCCAUAUAUAUAUAUCCCAGUUGCAAUAUUAGCAAGAGAGAAGCACAGACAAUAGUCAAACUUUUAAAACCAAGAGGGUAGUGAUUCACAAGCUAGCCAGUGAAUUUUCACUUGGUCUUUAUUUUUAAAACAAAUAAAUGCAAUUGAGGUCAUAUUAAUCUCCAGGGAUAAGGGAGUCCCACAGCUUCAUCUAUGGGACAUGAUGAAGAGACAUGAUCCAGGACCCCUCUCACUGAUGUGAGUGGAAGGGCAAACUCCUAUGUAAAUCAUCCACUACGUAGGUGCCAACUCCCUGGGGCCCUGGGUGCCCAAGCACCCACAAAAUUCCCCAUGAAUGGGCCAGGCACCCACAAAUUAGGUGCCAGGGCCAUGUAUGCUGGCACCCAAGUUGGCACUCCUGAUCCACUACAUCCAUUCUAAUUCUGCUCUUUGUUUUCUUAUAUGUCCAAAGCAAUUCCCCCACCCACCCAACCCAGUCUUCUCCAGGUUAAAAAGCUUAACCCAGUGUAUUCCAGCUCUUUUUUACUUCUACUAAUGACCAGACCUCAGACGUUUCCUGAUAUGUGUGUGGGUGUAAAGAGAGUACUUAGGAAGCUCACUGAUACCAGGAAAGUGCUCAUUUAGGCCACUGUUGUCUGUUCACACAGACAGUGACUCUCCAGGAUCUCAGGCAAAGCUAUUUCAUAUCACCUCCUAUCUGAGAUCCUUAAACUUGGAGAUGUCCUGUGGCACCUGCCUGAUAAAUAAGCAUAAACAGAAUAUUUUCCACCUCGGUUUUUAUUAAUUCAAAUUUAGGAAAAACACCUUAAAUGUGGCACCUUAAAUGUUAAUACAUGUUGUUAUAGGAUAAUUUUUUAUGAGCUAGACCUUCUGGAAACUGUCACAUUUAGGAAGUAUGUGUGCAAUACAUACAUAUAUAAACACCUUCACAGCACGCAUACCCCAAACUGUUCUUUUCCCCUAGAGAGAUGGAGAAGUUUAUCUCUAGAAGUUGAGAUAAAAACAGAUCUUGCCCCCUCCCAUGAUACUGCACUCAACAGCAUCUGGAUAAGCUGAUAGGAUUUACCCUUACCUAAACUGAGCCCUUAGCUGUAAUACCUUUACUUUCUCUCACAGAAAUCAAUGGAAGCUAUUUAGUUUUAUGUAGGAAAGCAAAGGUGUUGAGGUGGAAGAAAAGCCUAGCUUUCAAGUCACAUGAUACUGCCCUCCAUGACUGAGGAGAAUAUUUUCUCCCACCUUAACGUUAUCACCUCACUUUAAGUUUCUCCAUAAAAGAUAAUGGAAAGCUCUUCAUUCUUAUUCUGACAAGUGCUCAAGAAGAGACCUUCUAGGUGAGACCAAAGACCUAUUUGGUCCAGCAAGAUGCCUAUAGGAAGCUGGCAAUCAGGACAUGAGUGCAGUAGCCUUCUCCUGCUGUUGUUCCCCAGCAAAUGAUAUUCAGAAGCAUGCUGUUUCUGAUCCUGAAAGGUGAUAUCCAGCCAUCGGUACCCUUAUCCUGCGUGGAUUUGUCUAAGGUCGCAUUUCAAACCUUCCCCUGCAUCCCUGACACAUGCAGCUCCUAGGCCAGAAGGUGGGAGAGGCAGGCAGAUUUCUGCGCCAACCAUGGUUGAAGUGGAACUUCCUUAGGAUCCAAUGGAACCUGGGCCAGCCCAGCCACUCCUCCAGAAUGCCCCGCUUCAGGGCUUUCCAUUGGUUAUCAGCAUCUUCCAUUGGUUAUCAGCAUGAGCAGGCAUCUUGUUGAUGGCCUGACCAUGCACUCAGAGGCUUAGCUAAGAAACCAAGGCAGAGGGACUCCACCCAUUCCAGCCCUCCCCACAGCCUCCUGUAAGAGAGGUUGGAUUGUUCUGUAAUUAUUUUUAAAGCUGUCUUAAAUGACUAUCACUGUAUCUUUUGGUGACAAAUUAAAUUAUUAUUAGAAAACAGCGUCACAGUGUUGAAACCCAGAGUUCUCAACUGAUAUGUUUCAUAAAGUGGCAUUCUCAUGGGAAUCUGAUGGGUCCUUAUUUGGCAUUCUCUAUGUCAUGGAUAUAGGAUGAGCAUUCUAGUAAAAAAAAAAAAUCAUCCUAAGAAAUGUUCCUCAAUAUUGAUUUUGACAGGGCGAAAGUAUUCAUUUCAAAAGCAGUUCAAGGCAGUGUGGGUAUCUUUACAACAUGCACUAUGUGUUCAGGUCUAUACCAAAUUAAUUUAUUUUGAAAUUAUUUAUUUUAGUUAAAUCUUGCUUUACUUUUUUCAACAUGCCAAGUUUCUGCUGAAAUUUAUAGUACUACUGAUAAUAUUCUUGGCCUAGAUUUCCCCCCCCUUUUGUACAAAAUGAAUAUCUAGCUAGGAAUACUAUCUUAUCAAGUCAUGGUUGUACCCCUUAGAUAAGGUUUAGGAAGCCUUGAACAUGAAGGCUUGGAUGUAGCAAAUAAUAUAUUUUAUCAAAAAGCCAUAUGUAGUAUGGAAGAAUUCUUGACAUCACCUAAUUGCAUUUACUAGCAGCUGUGAUAUGACAUUGUUUUUCUUUAUUUUGAAAGGCAUACAAACCUAAAGCAAGUGUGUCUUUUUCAAAAGUAGUUUGGAAAGAGGAAAUUUGAGUGACUUGUGUUUUCUGUUUCCCUACUUCUGUUUUAACAUGGAAUUUGGAAACCUCAGAUAUUCCCCUGGUAGAGCUGUCAGAAUACCAUGUCAUGUAUUACAACAAUAGAGCCAAAGGAAGCAGAAGCAUGAGCCACUCACCCUUCCUCUGAGUUAAUCCACACCAGAGUUCAGUGUCUCUAGAUUUUAUUUCUCAUGGCACCUGCACAACAUUCUCCUCAUCAAAGGGGGCCUACACUUUCCCUAUGCUGAAUGGGGAUAUUUCUGAUCCACAGAUAAUCGGAUAAGGGAAGGAAAUGCAAUAUAAAAAUGUAUGUUACUCAGUUGUGAAGCCACUGAAGCACAUUUCAUGGGUCGGCUUCUUUUACAUGUGUGCUGACAGAUUGCUGGGGGCGGUCUUAUUGCCACACCCCUUACUCCCAUUUUUGUUUUCAUCAGCCCAAAGGAAAGAUGCAGCUCUCUUGCAUUGGCUGUUCCUGAAGGUGCAUUUGCGGUAUUUUUAUUUUACAAUAAGCUCUUUUGCAGAACUGCUCCUGUAUAGAGCAGCUAUAGUAAAAUGGAAAUUAGAUUUGUCUCUGCAGGUAGAGGAGGCAGGAAAUGGGAAUGAAAGGAAGGAGCAGCCUUUCAUGUGAGUGACUCUAAAUCCUUGCCUGGCUUGGAGCAAUACACAUUUAUUUUUCUGACUGCUUUUUUUUUGUACAAAUCUGGCCUAUUUGUGUUUUUAUUCCUUUUUUUAAGCUGUACUUGCAUAGCUAAACAAAUACCUGCAGUCAUUCCCUCAAGACAGACAUACACGUGUGUGUGUGUGUGUGUGUGUGUGUGUGCACUUUUGUGCAAAUCUGGUAUGUUGGAAAACUUGUAUUCCAAAAAUAAAGUACGUUAAGCAGUGCAUGCACCUGUGCACAAGCUCACAUGAGAUCUCUGGUUUCCAGAUCUUAUGGUGAGUAGAGAAGUUCUUAUCAAUGGAAGGAAUCAAUUCACAGCACAGUUGUAUCCCAUGAAGCACCACCACUGUUAUGGACAGGAAACAAUGAGGUCGAUUUCAGAAGCACACAAUUGAAAACGCUCAAGCGUGGAUGAAGGUUCUGAAACAUGCACACAGAAACAGCAACCCACUUACACACGAAUGCCACAGUUUGGACACAGCCACUUUCUAAUGUCAGAGUACUUGCAGUUCUAUCCGACAAACUGACUCAGGGCGCUUCCAGACUGUCACUGUGUUCAAGUAGGAUUCAGUCACAUACUGGCAAAUUCAGGUUGCACAAUUAAAGUUGUUUUGGAGUUCUUGUGCAAUAAUAACAACAAUAAUAAUAAUAAUAAUAAUCCCUAAACACCCCCACCCCCCAAUAUUGGACUUUGGUGCUAUGUAAAGUCAUGGGGGAAAGCACCAGAAAUUGUGGGAUAACAGUUGGCUUGAUGCAAAGUCCACCAAGCUCCCUGCAAGCUGAAUGAAUGCUUAAUAAAUGGCCAACAUUGUCUUCUCUCUCUGCAAACAAAUAAUCAUGAAUGCUCAAUGAACAGAUCAUGUGGAAACAGCCUCUGUACGAAUAUUUUUUGUUUUUGUUUUAAGUGGGUGCACUUUUCUGUUAGUUUCUUGCUUGGUUUACCCUUCAGCCUCUGUAUCCUUGCUAACAACAAAGACUUGCAUGUCAGAUUAGGCCUAUUUACACCUGAACAAUUUUAAUGUCUUUAAAUUGUGACAUUUGUGACACCUGGGCAACCGUGCUGUUUUCAGCAGGUUCCCCAUUUGCCUGGCUGAAGUCGAUAGGUGAUCUUUUGCUAAAAUGCAAUACGAACUGGCACACUUUUUUCUCCACACACCCUGCAUCUUCUUGUUCCUUAGUGAUAGGAAACAUGCACAAUAGUUAGAUUUCUUUAUUUGCUGGUUAUUUUGUAGAGAACGCAUUAAGUUAGUACCUAGCCUCGCCUGCAUUUAUUGUUACUUUGGGGAAAGAAAGUUAAUAGAACGCUGAUGUCGUGUAUCAAAUUAAAAAUCAAGCGUAAGACCAUAAAGGUGAAUUUAAUUAACUGAAUGCUAUUGUUAUAUCUUUGCAUAGCUGAUUACAAUUUAAUAGUGAAGCAAAGGGUGGAUUGAGGCAUCAGUUUCACUCUUGAUUGAUAUAGUUUCUCAUUCAAUAUAUUUCACUUUUAUGUAUCUUUCUACAAAAGAUUGUUAUGCCUAUGGAUGUUUCACAUUUUUUUAAAUUUAAAAAGUCUCAUUUUAUGGCACCAUACAUGACACAGAAUGGCAGAGACAUAGCUCAUCCACAGUAGCAUUUCUCCAGUUCCCACCCCCUAAAUUUAUGUAGUGCAUUUUUAUCCCUCCUUUCUUCCUUCGAGGAACUCAAGGUGGCCUACAUAGGCAGCCUCCCAUCCAAGUAUUGACUAGAUUCAUACAGUGGUACCUCGGGUUACAUACGCUUCAGGUUACAGACUCCGCUAACUCAGAAAUAGUAUCUCGGGUUAAGAACUUUGCUUCAGGAUAAGAACAGAAAUCGUGCUUUGGCAGCGCGGCGGCAGCAGGAGGCCCCAUUAGCUAAAGUGGUGCUUCAGAUUAAGAACAGUUUGAGGUUAAGAACGGACCUCCGGAACGAAUUAAGUACUUAACCCGAGGUACCACUGUAUAUGCUUUGCUUCAGCAUGGUGGCUGCAUUGUGCCUUGGGACCAUUGCCUUUAAAAGGCAACUGAAAGGCACAGGAAAAGACUGGUUGGAAUGGAAUCUCGUUGGAAAAUUGUAACAGUGCACCCAAGGCAUAUUGCAUCCACUAAGCUACCAGAGUUUAGAAAAGAAUUUUGAGACUGGGAGCGAAAAGCCAUGGUGUGCUCUGUUGUGCGCUUGCUUGUGUCUCACAUUUAUUGCCCAACACUUAUAAAGAUGGUGUGAUAGUUUCAAUGUGGCCUGUUUCUUUAAGUGAAGAAGUGAAAAAACAAACACACAUUGAACUUAGGUAUGUUGCCAGGUGCCAUAUUAUUCUAUAGAAUGUGUAGAUGGGGGGUGGGGAGGAACAGAGUCAAGAUUUGGGUUUUUGACUCAAGGACAGACAAGAGCAGUUUAGAAGUGGUGAUGAGGCUUCUUUUUCCCUCCUCCAGGCAAGAUAUGAUGCAAAGACAAAACACAGAUGAAAAACAGUUUAGGAACUGUGUGGCCCAUGAAAUGGCGAGAGAGAGAUACAGGCAAGCCAAGGCAAAGGUUGAAGCCAUCAAGCAACCCAGACAGAUGGCGCUGUACUCCUUGCCCGUGAUUGGCAGUUCUGGCACUGCAGUGCCUGUCAUAGAGUACGAUGGCUAAGAUGGUAAGGUGUAUAAUAUGGCAAGUGGAAAGAAGACCAUUUGCAAAUGGUUCUUUGAAUGAUCUAGAUGAAGCUUCGUUGUCUUACAGGUUUGGAAUCUGUUUCUGUUGGUAAGGAUUUUGAAACACAAGCCAGAAAAAGACAAUUUGAUGAGCAGAUCGACUACAACAUUUGAAGUAUUUCAGUAUAUCCACGUGAGAAAGAAAACAGCUGUAGCCUGUUGUGCUAAUUGUUUGCAAAUGUUGACUUUUAAGUGGCAAACAUUUCAAGCGUACAUACAAUUACCUCUGUAUUUAGCUUUAAAAUUAAAUUAUUCAAUGCCAUAUAAAAAUAAUUGGGGAAGAAUUCACUGGUUGUUAAUGUAGCCAAGUAGCAUGAGUGCAAUUAAACAUGUUGACUACACUUAUUGCAGACAGGACUGCUGGAGCUUUGCCUCAGUGAUUCCUUCGUAACUGUAUAUACAACAAUGCCAUAAGCCAUUAGCUCUCGAUAGAAUGUAUUUUCAGUUGCUCUCUGGCUAUGCCUUAAUGCAAUAAUUUGGUCCCAGCUGCUAACUUUCAUUAACACGCUGUGUACUUUGAUUAGUUUCAUUAGCUGCUUUCCUAUGUGUAAUUAAUUAUGCUUCUAGUUGAUUCUACUUUAAUUCUUUGUAUAUAUAUUUCUCCAUGUGUAUUGAGCCCAGGGAGAGCAGACUUGGGCAGUUGCUGGAAGAGGUGUGGAGUCUUUACUUGCUCCUCCCAGCUCAGUUACAGAAGUUGGGAUGAGGUUUUCUUUUACUUUAGUUGUUACAUCUGACACUGGAGACACACAGUAGCUUUUAAGAGAACUGGGGCCAAACUACAUGUGACACCAUUCAUGCAACUAACAGUUUCUUGCAUUGCACAUUUACAAUGUAAGAAAAACAGUGACACUUUCUUGUUACUUAUCAUUGUCUGUCAUCAGAAGAAACAGACGUAGACUUUAAUGUUAGUUUUAUAUGUGUUGUUUCACAUUUCCAAAGGAAAUGGCAACUUACAGGCAGCUCUCCAUUACGCGGGGGUUACAUUCUGAGGCACCUUGUGUUUAAGUGAAACUGUGUUUAUUGGGAAUACCAUUGAAACCCUGCAAACACCACAUUCGCUCUCCCAAGUCCUCCUUGCUCAGACUCCCAACACUGCACAGGCCUCAAAGGUCGGUGCAAGGGCUUAUGGGAUUACUCUUGCAAAAGCUUGUGAGAUUUCUGGACACUGUCUUUGUGCCAUUUUGCCCCUUUUCAUGCCAUUUCUGGGUUCGUGGGGAUGCACACCAGCGUGGUCGUACGUGCUUGAAUGGGCGUAAAUGGGGAGUUGCCUAUAUUUGAAAGCUCUUGUGCUAAUUUACACUGGGUCCCCACCACCAACAUGGACUCAGGCUGGACUUGCUCUCUUAUAGCCCAUCUGCUUCAACUUGUGGGAAACCUAUCCUAUUAACAGGGAGAAGAUUACAAGAUAGAGCAGAGUUGGAACAAUCUCUUUCCUCAGACAAAUCCAUGCCCAUUUUUCUUCAGAAAUCGUUGGCCCAUUUAUUCCAACAAGCAUUUGAAAGACUGUGCUGAUGCUCCUAAUGGUUCUCCCCAACACACAUAUUUUGAUUGCUAUGGGUGUUUUUAAAUCAAGGAAACUGCUUCCUUUAAAAAAGGAAAAAAAGAAAUCCACUCUCCCACAAUAAGUCCCUUGCUCUCCUUUGGAGAAAGUUGUGUAGCGUAGACCUUUUUACUGUUCUAGUCUCUUAUAAAAUUUACAAUCAAAUAUCUUUGUUAAAUGAAUGCUUUCCUUUAACCUUUCUUCUGAUUUGUUUUCCAACAUUUUUCACAUACAAUUGCUAGUAGCUUUUUGCAUUAUUUUCUACUAGGGAUGGAGGAGAAAUUUUAUUCAGUGCAUAUCUAGAGCCUAAUAAUCUAUCAAAUACACACUUUCUGAAACAUUGCAAACUGAAACACUAUUAUCCUUUGGAAUUUGCACCUAUCCAAAUUUAGCAAUUGGUUCCUCAACCAACAUUUGCAAAAAAUGCACAUAAAUAGGGGAAAGUGUGCCUUAAAAGUUGAAAAUUACAUAUAAAAACAUUAUAUUAGGGGAAAUUUCUUGUAAAAAAUGUCUGCAUUCCUCAACACUGCAUAUGAAAAUGUGUUUAUUAUGAGAAAUUCACACUAAUAUGCUGAUAAUUAUUGUGAGAGGUUUAUUUCAUUGCAAAUUGCUGCAGAAAUGUGGAGAAAUGAAUUUAGGACUGGAAAAAUUAGAAACUUAAGAGAACCAAAAUUGACAGAUGCUUCCAUCCCUAAUUUCUGUUCUUAAACACACCUUGUACUGUCAUAAUGAUUUUAAUAUUUAAUAUUAAAAAAGAUUUGUCCCCAUAACAUCCAUAUUGCUGUUUUGCUAUGGCUGCCCCACUAGUCUUGUUGGCAGCUCAUAAUUAGCACUUUCUUUUCUUUUUUGCUAUUAAUUGAAUAAAACUGUUACUUACAUUUCAGAUUUUUAGACACUAGUCCUUUACCUCCCUGCCACUCAGCUACACAAAUUCUAAUUAUUGUCACGAAAUACAAUUCUAAAAAGCAUAUGUCUCCUGGGUAUCUCAAUCUCUGCAGAAUUUCCUACACAUUUUGCACCCGUGCCAUUUCUGCAAGUAUUUUAUCUACGCAGAAGAUUAUUUCCCCCUCUCUUAUUCCUGGGCUUGUAGUCCUGAUAAAGAACUUUUCAUGUUCAACCUUAUUGGAGGUUGGUGACUGCCACUUCUUCUUAUCCAUUUCUCUGCAUCUAAAGAAAGGGACAGACCCAUAUAUUAUAAAGGUCUUUAUCAGGGUAUGAGGAAAAGAGAAGAGCACACAAAAAAUUCUGGGAACAGGCUGUUGAGGCCGACAAUAUUUUGAGUCAAAUAAUUAUUUGGGGGCAAAUGAAUCAGUUUCAUUAAGAGGCAUCUAAAGCAAUCCUGCAAGAUCUCUGUUAAAGGAGCCCCUGGCCAGUUGUCACUUUUUUUUUUGGUACUUCUAUCAAAUGUAUCCAGUUGUCUGGCCAGUUGUCACUUUUUUUUUUGGUACUUCUAUCAAAUGUAUCCAGUAUCUGAAUAAAAUGGCAGUGGUCAAACCAAUUCCCACUGUUUUUGUGGAGACUGUGCUUCAUAAACCCCACUCUUUCAAUCAUAAGCCAGCAUACUUCUUCUGUGAACUAAUUAUUGUUGCUUUUUUCCUGUAGAGCAGCAACAGAAUAUUUUCCCAGCCCUUCUCAUUUUCUGUCUCUAAGGUGAAGCUAAACUGAUGUAUUCUGAAGCUAGAUUUCAUUGUUUGUGCCAUGCUUAGUUUCAACUGUUGUGAGUUAUUGUUUGCUGUUACAGAGAGCCAUAAUGAAUUGUUACAUUUUGACACCUGUCUUUCAAUGUUUUCUAUUCCAAUCUACCAGUUUAUUUAUAGUCUACUCCACAGCUUGUUAUUAAACAUGUUUUUAAAAUAAUACAAAGACAGUAUUCAUGAAUAAUUUCCCUCUCUCUUUGUUUCAAGAGAAUCUUACCUGGACAUGAAAAAUGGAUAUGUGAAUAUGGGAUCUGUCCAUGGUGAAAAAGUGUCUGAAAUGUAUAGAAAAUCAAAGUCAUACCUAAUAACACCAAAGAGAACUGUUUAUGUGAAUUAUUGGAGAUCUUUAAAAAACCAUCCGCAAGAGACUGACCAGAUACAGCAUUCUGCAAAAAAUACCAGCUGCUAUUUGUGUCAUGAAGAAAUAAUCAAUCAAUCAAUCAAUCAAUCUUUAUUCCUGUCAAAGACCAGACAGCAUGAAGAAAUAACAAAAUUUAGAUAUAUUUAUAAAUAAUUUGAUACAUGUUGUUCAUUUUUUUAAAUCAAUAACCAGCUAUAUCUAAAUGUACAAAUGUUCCAUUUCCACAAUUCACUGUAAUUUUAAGUAACAAUUGGGGAAAAGGAAAGUGUAUGAAAUAGUGGAACAGAAAAGAUAUUAGAUAUGUUGUCAUGAACUACCUAAGGAGUGCCCAUAGUGAAGAAGGAACAGACUGCUGUUUGAAUGCCUUCGUGGCCUGGUUAAUUUCUUUAUAGUGGUUAUGGAUAUGGUGAAUCUGGCCUGCUUUAGUUUGGUGAAGAUGGUCUGUGACAUACUUUGCAAACAAAAUCUGGGAUUCCUACUGCUACCAUAGUGCCAGGCCUCUCAGAAGGAGAUAUUCACAUUUUUGUCAUAUAUUAUUAGUGCCCAUUAGAUCUUUAGGUUGUGCUCUGCUCUUUGAGCCAUUCAUCCUUGGCCAUCAGAAGUAUAUCUUUCAUAUGACAAUCUUCUAAAUGUGAUAGAUUUCAUUGAUAAGCUAACCCUUGACGUGUCUUCUACCCAACACUUUGUUUUUUGGGUAAGGUUGUUGUACAUCCCCACUUGCAUUCCAAGCAUUCUUUGUCAAUAUUGGAUAAUGAGCAAUAAAAUUGUGGUCUGCAUAAUCCCUGG